CGCUUCAUAGAAUUGUACCACAGAGUCCCCUCUGCCGGCCUGCCGGGGUACUGCGGGCACUUCAUAUUUCCCAUCAUGCUACCUUUAGAAUCGCUGCAACUUGCAAGAUGGCGCAAGCUAUAUUUGAAGCUUUUGAAGGGAUGGACAACCAGACAGUGCUUGCUGUUCAGUCGCUGCUCGAUGGACAGGGGGGCGUGUCGGACCAUUCAGCCCAAACUGUCACCAACUCUGCUCCUAUCCAAUCAAUGGAUGAUGAAGACGUGUUCCUUUGUGGUAAAUGUAAGAAGCAGUUUAACUCCCUGCCAGCCUUCGUGAUCCACAAAAGAGAACAGUGCCAUGGCAGCGCCCCCUCUCUAUCAUCGGUUACUAUGGGAGCUCACAGUGCCUACACCCCGCCGGUCAGCUCAGUUCAGCAGUCGCAGGUGAACAACAGGCAGAUCUCCACGUACAUUGCAGUUCCUCCAUCUCCUCUCAUCCAGACCCUGGUACAAGGCAAUGUUCUGGUGAAUGACGAGGUCCUGCUUUCGGCCAUGUCUGCGUUCACAUCCCUAGACCAGUCCAUGCCUCCAGUGCCGGCCCCAGUGCAGACUAAUCCCAGCAUGCACUCCGCAGGAACAUAUCUCCAUGCACCCUCAUUGCCGCUCCGACCUUCACAUCCUCCUCCCUCGGCCCCCGGACACAGCCCACUUGGGGCCCAUGUACAAGCAAACAGCAGUAGCUGCAGUACAGUGGUGCAGGUGUAUAGCUCGCCCAUCAGCAUGCCGGGAAACCCUGCUAUGGAACUCCAUGGGAUGAACAUGGCGCCAUACACACAGAUCGAGCAGGUUCAGAGCCAAUGUGUGGAGAGCUCUGUCUAUAACACCCCCCCUGUGUACAGCCCUGGGAAGCAGGAACUCAAAUCAAAAACUCCAAGCAGCUGUUCUCCUUGCACCGGCUUGGGUGGCAGCAGCAUGGGAAGUCUGGAACCAAGUUUGCCGAAUAAGGCUCGCCGCUCCAAGGCUGAUAGUGGCAUUCGCAAUGGAAAGCUGAAAUCUCCCAAGCUGAAGUGCAGCUACUGUGACAAGGCAUUUGGGAAAAACUUUGACCUCCAGCAGCACAUUAGAAGCCACACAGGUGAAAAGCCCUUUCAGUGCAUUGUUUGCGGCCGGGCGUUUGCUCAGAAAUCCAACGUCAAAAAGCACAUGCAGACGCAUAAGGUGUGGCCUCGGGAGCAAAACACCACCAAGUCUCUGGCACCGGUGUCCGUUCAAGUGCUCCCCCUAAACCCCUCACAGGCCCAAGAGAAAGUCGCUGAGAAUGGAGCUAACAGUCAGCCUCCGACAGAGGAAGCCCCUGCCGAGGGUAUGGAGGUGGCACCGGGCAGCAUGGGGGAGGGGCCAGACGCCAAGCACGUGGUACUGGUGGAUAGUUCAUAUCACUGCCAGUUCUGCCCGAGCAAGUUUGACAGCUAUUUCCAGCUGAAGUCCCACAUGACUCAACACAAGCAAGAGCAGGUGUAUAAGUGUGUGGUGAAGGGUUGCGGCCACACGUCUCAGAAGCUGGACCACUUCCUGGAGCACAUCAAAACCCACCAGGAAGAGCUGACCUACCGCUGCCACCUCUGUAACAAGGACUGUGCGUCUCUGUAUGAGAUGGGGGUUCAUCAGUACUCGCACUGCAUGCUGCCACAGAUCACUCCAAAGAAAGACCAGGCUGUUUAUAAGUGUCUGAAGUGCAUGAACAAAUAUUCUACUCCUGAAGCUUUGGAGCAGCAUCUGCAAACAGCCACACAUAGCUACCCCUGCCCGCACUGCCCAAAGGUAUUUCCUUGUGAGAGGUAUCUCCGCAGGCACCUGCCCACCCAUGGAGGAGGAGGUCGCUACAAAUGCCCCAUUUGUAAGAAGCUCUUCCGGCGAGAACAUUACCUUAAACUGCACAGUCACAUCCACUCAGGGGAGAAGCCAUUUAGGUGCGCCCUGUGCGACUCUGCAUUUAACCGAAAGGACAAGCUGAAGAGACACAUGCUCAUCCACGUGCCAUACAAAAAGUACAAGUGCCCAUUCUCCAGGUCCCAUACAGGCUGUAAUAAGGAGUUUAACCGCCCGGACAAACUAAAGGCUCAUAUGCUGUCCCACUCUGGAAUAAAGACGCACAAAUGUCAGUACUGCUCCAAGUCGUUCAGCCGCCGAGCACACAUGGUGGAGCACCAGCGCAGCCAUACUGGGAAUUACCGAUACAGUUGCCCAAACUGCGGCAAGGGAUUUACCCGGCAGAAAUACAUGAAGGAGCAUAAGUGCCGGUUGCAUUCAGAUGGUGACAAGGAUCAGGUCAGAAAGGUGCAGAGGAAAAGAGGCCAAGGAGUUGAUUCCGGUACUGAGGAUGAAGGAACCUUCACAAAUCUGAAGAACGUCACAGAACCCAUAGAUUCCUCUGGUGAUCAGAUAGAGGAGUCGUUCCCAACAGCUGAAGCCCAGCUCUCUAUAGUGGUGGGCAGCCAGGAACACUCACGUGAUGGCCUAGGAGUUCCUCCUGGAGUAAAUACCAUGACGUCUACUACUGUGACCCUGGCUGAGCUGCAAAGUGGAGCAGACUCUUCCUGUGCCAUGCUGGCCGUGCCUAUAUAUAUCCAGAACCCAGAGUGAUAACUUUAAUAUUACCUAUUAAAGGAAUACUGACAAAGGAAAUUGUCAGUGUCCCUUUAUGUCUAUAAAAUGUGACAUCCUGACAGUGAUAACAUACAGGAGACCUUGUGACCCUCAGAGCCCAUGAUUCUCCAGGGCCCCCAUGCAGUUGCGGGGUCUGCUGUAUGUUAUUUACCCCCCUGUAUCCAGAUAUAUCAGCUCCAGAGUAAAGGGGAACUUAAAGGAGAAGAAAAAAUAGGUAAAGUGAGACAGAGCUGAUGUUUCCACUUACACAAUACAGUAGGCCGGGACUGGCAAUCUGUGGGUUCAGGCAAAUGCCAGAGGGGCUGCUGUAAGAUGCCAUAGUCACUCACUAUUGGGC